AUGCCGGCUUACGAUCAUCAUAUUGCGGUGGACUUGUUCAAAUCCACCGUAGAAUUAGAGAGUGAUAUGCGCCUGCUGUUAAAGCAAAAACCCUCUUAUGAUAGAGAAGUGUGCGCUCUUCGUUCAAAAUUGCGAGAAACAUACGAAAGGAUUAUAUUCCUCGAUUAUGAAUACGCCCAGUCGAAAGACGUUGAACAAAAUCUAUGGAAAUAUGUGUUUUACAAGGUUAUUGAAGAUUACCGCAAGCGAAUUCGCAAUGCCUCUCCUAACGGAAAGGGCAGACCGGCCACCGCAAGAAAGUUGAAUAGCUCGUUUAGAUCAUUCUUGCAUGAAGCCACUGGCUUUUAUUAUUCGUUCAUCCAAAAACUUGCAGUACAUUUCGAGUUAGAGCAAUUGGAUCCUAUUGUUAAGAAGUUUGGACUGACAAAUGACACCAGAAAUUCUCGCCAUUCAUAUCCUGAUAAUAUCAAGCAAAGGGCCGUUCUAAGUUGUCAUAAGAGCUUAAUUUUUCUCGGUGAUUUAGCUCGAUAUCGCGAGAAGCAAUUGAACAAACCACGUAAGAAUUGGUCUACAGCUUCGGAUUAUUAUAAUCAGGCCCGCCAAUUGGUCCCUGAGAGUGGUAAUCCUCAUAAUCAACUAGCUGUCCUCGCGACAUACAACAACGAUGACUUUUCCGCUGUUUAUCAUUACUAUCGAAGCCUUGUAGUCCGACAUCCAUUCUUGACUGCAAAAGACAACAUCAACCUUUUAUUCCAAAAAACAAGAAACAGUUUCAACUCGGCGGAAGAAAAGACGGAGGGUAGUAGACAACGACGUUUUUCUCGAAUGCGUCAAGGCAAUGGAGCCGUGAACAAACAAAAAAUCGGAAAGGCAGUCGAAGAGUUCUAUGCAGAGUUUAUUCAUUUGCACAGUAUUUUAUUCUUGAAGUCUGAUCUGGAAUUAUAUGUUGAUCUGAAAAAUUCCGUCUUGAGUCAACUGCAAGAGUAUAUCAUUACACGAGUUCUUGACGCUGAUCAACUGUUGAAAGUAAAUGUAAUAAACAUUUCGGCUCUGUUUGUGUUGAGACAUAUUAUCAAUGACAACGGACACGGACUGAAUUCAGAAGCCAAGAAUAUGUAUGGUCAUGCAUCAAAGAAAGUGCUCGUCGAAAAAUACGCCUUUCUCUUAGUCAUAGACACUUUUAAACUUCUAUUGGAUGUCUGCGAAUCGGAAUUACGUGACGUAAAUAGCAGCACGGAAACCCCUAACAAUGCGCUGCAAUUAUUAACAGCCCCAGUCAAAAGAGUUCUUCCGUCUAUACGCAUUGGUAUCAAGUGGAUCCAUGCGAAUUUCGCUUAUAUCGCUUCAAUGUCAUCGGCUAUUGCAGAAGAUUCAAACAUAAAAGAGGAGCACAAGGAAGUUAACAAGUUCUGGGAGAAUGUCGCCAGAUUUUUAAAUACUAUGGAGAGGUUGUUCCCUCAUGCAAACGGCAUUCCACUUGAAGUUCCAUUAAGAGAAGAUUUUGAACUGAACGGCUUCUUGGCUUUAAAGAAUGAAAUUGGCUUUGAUCUGAAGUUGUUUGUUAGUGAAUCUGAGCCAUUUGAAGAGAUAGAUAUGCGCAUCUAUGAUAUUGUCGAGGGCGCGCAUAAGAUUGUGGCUUCAAAGGCAUUCGAACUAUAUAACGUUAACGGUUUGUUCACUUUCAAGAAACCGCUUUCGCCCAUGGAUGAUGAAUCCACUAUUUCCAACAUUGUCGACGAAGGUUCCUCGGUAAAUAGUGACUCUGAUUUGACCGAGUUUCAUUCGGCUUCUCCAAACAGCUCGACCAACCUUAGCAACGAUGACGAUACGGGCGAAGUGAUCUUAUUCACUGGGAGACGGAACGCCAACCAGCAAUUAAACUCUACCGUCGGAUCUGAUCGUGCUGUUCAGAAUAUGCAAGAAAAUACUACAAGACAUUUAGCAGCCAAUUCCAUGACAUCAAAUGCUGCCGUACGGAACACAUCUGUUUCUCACACUUCAGAAGAGCAGGUCUUGAAUGCGGCGGGCGAUAAAUCCGAGCAGACGAGCUUCUGGGAUCGGUUUCAGAACAAACAUAUGUUAUGGAUCUAA